UUUAGCGCGGAGAAGUAGCCGGGCCGGGCCGGGCGCAGCGGCUCCUCCCCCCUACCCUCGCGAGGGAGACACCCGGGCUCCUCGACCGGGGCCUUGCGGAGGAGGCGGCUUCGCGGGCGGCCCCGGUGAGAGACCCGCGAGGGGGGUUUCCGGCUCCCCGUGAGGCGCCGGCAGGCAGCGAGGGGGCCGGCCCCGCGGCGAGCGGUUACUUCCUACCGGGAGGAGGCCGAGGUCGCCAUGGGCGCCGUGUGAGGCGAGAGCUCCCUCAGGCUCCGAGUGACCGGGCCGCGCUUCUCUCCCCCGGCGGGGCGUGCCGGGCCUGCUCGCCCCUCUCGCGGCAGGGGAGUGCGGGGCCUGCGCCCCCGGCGCAGCCGCUUCCCGGCCUGGGCCUGCCUCGCUCCCCACCCCCAGCCCGGGGGGCCAGUCGCUUUUCCUCUCCGAGAGCAGCUGGGCUGUCCCGCUGCAGGCAGCCAGCGGCUUCUCCCGGCCCGGCACCUGCCUCAGGCUCCUCUCGACUUCUCCCCCCUAGUGCCGUGUCCUGGUCCCGCUGCUGUCGCUCCAUGUCGGCCCCGCUGCCCGGCUCCCCGCUGCAGGAUGGAUGUGGACGCUAAGCAGGGACCCACCCCGCCGCUGGCCCAGCCGCCGCCGCCAAGCCCCGCUUUGAGGAGCCCUUGGGACCCUCCUCUGUUGCAGCAGCAGCCGGACGCGCUCCCCGCUCAGUGACACCUCCCAUCCUCUCAGCAGCGCUACCCCGAGCCCCGCAGCACCAUGUCGGAGGGCGCCGCAGAGAGCAGCAGCCCGGUCCCCCGCUUCCUGGCUCCCCCGCCGCCUCCGCCCAAGAACGGCUCUAGCUCGGACAGCUCCGUGGGGGAGAAGCUAGGAGCCGUCGCUGACCAUGAUGGCUCGGGGGCCGGAGGAGCAGGCGGCGAGGUGGGAGGCGGGGGCCGGAGCGAGGAAUACCGGCGUCGCCGUCACACCAUGGACAAGGACAGUCGUGGGGCUGCAGCCACCGAGCACCGCUUCUUCCGCCGUAGCGUGAUCUGCGACUCCAAUGCUACAGCUCUGGAGCUGCCUAGCUUGCAGCCCGCAGCACCCCCGGCCGUCGCCACUCCCGGGAGUAUCACCCCGCUGCUGGGCUCCCCUCCUGAACCCGCUAGCCAGACCCCCUGCAUUUCUGUCACCCACGUCCCCUUGCUAUUGUUGCAACAGCCGUCUCUGUCGCUUCCCCACGAGGAGCAACCCAUUCAGGAGCCCCCUGCAGCAGAGGACAUCGCCCCGCUACUGCCCAAAGGAGAGGCAGAGGAAGCCGCCCCUUUACCUCCUACCAACACGGCAGGCAGUGCAGCCACCGCCAGCCGGGAGCUCCAGAACCGACAGCAAGAGGAUAUCGAGGAGUUAGAGACCAAGGCGGUGGGCUUCUCCCUUGAUGGCCGCUUCCUCAAAUUCGAUAUUGAGAUUGGAAGAGGCUCCUUCAAAACUGUCUACAAGGGGCUGGACACCGAGACUACGGUGGAAGUUGCCUGGUGUGAAUUACAGGAUCGGAAGCUGUCAAAGUCAGAGCGGCAGAGAUUUAAAGAGGAAGCUGAAAUGCUGAAAGGGCUCCAGCAUCCUAAUAUUGUUCGGUUCUAUGAUUCCUGGGAGUCUACAGUGAAGGGAAAGAAAUGUAUUGUUCUCGUGACAGAACUCAUGACAUCUGGAACGUUGAAAACGUAUUUGAAAAGGUUUAAAGUGAUGAAAAUCAAAGUACUACGAAGUUGGUGCCGUCAGAUAUUGAAGGGCUUGCAGUUUCUGCACACACGCACUCCUCCCAUUAUCCACCGGGACCUGAAAUGCGACAACAUUUUCAUCACUGGCCCCACUGGAUCAGUCAAGAUAGGAGACCUGGGUCUGGCAACUCUGAAACGAGCCUCCUUUGCCAAGAGUGUGAUAGGUACCCCAGAGUUCAUGGCACCCGAGAUGUAUGAGGAGAAAUACGAUGAAUCCGUUGAUGUAUAUGCUUUUGGGAUGUGUAUGCUUGAGAUGGCCACGUCUGAAUAUCCUUAUUCUGAGUGCCAAAAUGCUGCGCAGAUCUACCGUCGAGUGACCAGCGGAGUCAAGCCAGCUAGCUUUGAUAAAGUAGCAAUUCCUGAAGUGAAGGAGAUCAUUGAGGGAUGCAUCCGACAAAACAAAGAUGAAAGAUAUGCUAUCAAGGACCUUUUGAACCACGCUUUCUUCCAGGAAGAGACUGGUGUGCGGGUAGAACUAGCAGAGGAAGAUGAUGGAGAGAAGAUUGCCAUCAAGCUCUGGUUACGAAUUGAGGAUAUCAAAAAGCUUAAGGGCAAAUACAAGGACAAUGAGGCAAUAGAGUUUUCCUUUGACUUGGAGAGAGAUGUCCCAGAGGAUGUAGCACAAGAAAUGGUGGAGUCAGGGUAUGUCUGUGAAGGGGAUCACAAGACAAUGGCCAAAGCGAUCAAGGACAGAGUGUCUCUGAUCAAGCGAAAGCGAGAGCAGCGUCAGUUGGUGCGAGAAGAGCAGGAGAAAAGAAAGCAGGAAGAAAUCAGUCAGAAGCAGCAGUUGGAACAGCAGCUACAAACAAAUGCUACCCAGGCAGGGGCAAAGCAUCCUCCAUCUGCCACUGGCAUCACUGCCAUCCCCACUACUUCAGCAUCAGUGUCCACACAAGUAGAGCUCGAAGAGCCAGAGGCUGAUCAGCACCAACAAUUGCAAUAUCAACAGCCCGGCAUAUCUGUUCUGUCUGAUGGGGCAGUUGACAGUGGUCAGGGAUCAUCUGUUCAUACUGAAUCAUGUGUGACUAGCCAACAGACUGUGUCCUAUGGUUCCCAGCAUGAACAGACUAUCUCAACAGCUACAGUCCAGGGAUACACAACUUCAGCUGGCCAAGUGCAGUCUCAACAACAUGGAGGAUAUCAGCCACCCACAGUGCCUCAGUCUCUGGUGCAUCCGUGUCGGGGAACACCAACGUUCCCAGAUUCACAGAUAUUUUUCCCAACCAUUCAUGAACGGCCAGUGUCUUUCUCGCCACCACCUGUCUGCCCGCCGAAGGUCACCAUUGCUCAGCGGCGCAAGAGUACCUCCUUCUUGGAAGCCCAAACGUGCCACUUCCAGCCCUUGCUGAAAACUGGCCAGAGUUUACUUCCACCUGGUGGUAGCCCCACAAAUUGGACACCAGAGGCAGUCGUUAUGCUGGGCACUACAGCUCAUAAGGUCACUGGAGAGCCCCUACAUGUGCAAGUCAGUUCAGCACCUCCUGAGGAUGCUCACUAUAGAAUGCCACAAGAAGCCGUGUACUUAGUGGGCAUGCAGUACCAGCCACAGUUGCCAGAGCAUUAUGAUACAGUAGCAUAUAAUUCCUAUGGGACUGAACAGUACUUGAAACAGGUGGCUGAACAGAAGCAUGUGCAAGAUGGCCCUCUUCAGAGCUCUGUUUAUGACUACCAAUCUGGGCAGACCUUCCUGCCAAGACAUUUACAGAGCUUGAGGCUGGAUUCUGGAAUGAGCCCACUUUCACCAUUGUCCAGUGUUUCAUCUCCAUUAAGUGCAGAUUCCACACAGUUGAAAUGUCACCAGGUAUUUGUUCCUCAUUCUGCACCUGCUGUGCUUACUCACAGUGGUGAUGGCAGAACAAGCUGUGUUUUUGAGUUCCAUGUACACACACCAAAUUCGGCUCCAGGAGAAGGGGGUAUCUUACCCCAACGUAUUUACAGAACCUGCCGGGGGUCAAUGGAUUUUAAUCAGGAGGAGUCCACUCAGGCAACAGGGUUGCAUGGUCGCCUCCAGCCUGUGACAGAGGAACUGUGUAACUACCUUGUUCCUGAGCUAACAGUACCCAGAGCGGGAUCUAUCAGAAAGAGCUGGCCAGAAGGAAGUCCAGAAUACUCAAGUGAUUCAUCACAGCUGACUUGCUCUGACACUGGUGAUUUCCAGUCUCCUCCCCCAACAGGGGUGUUGUCUACAGCUUUUGGUUCAGACUUCUCGUUGCCCAUUGUCCCAUUGCCUCAGACGGUAUUUCAAGAGUCGCAGCUCUUCAUCUGUUUCCAACAGGGAGCCUCAGCUCAGCAGGCCUUGUCCACCUCGCUUUCAUCAGGACCACCUGCACUCUACCCUCAGGUUACAGGAACACAGGUGCAAGGCCAGCCAGUCUCAAGUAGUAUAUCAGUGGGGGUACCAUGCCAGCCUACACAGCAAAGUCAGCAGAGUGCACAGCAGCUGGCUCCUUCCCAGCAGACAGGACAGUACCAGCUGCAGCAGUCAUCCGUUUCCAGUGGAGCUACCCCAUCACAACCAGUUUCUCAAACUCAGACUCCACUGAUCAUGCCGAUGCCUCAGGUACCAGCUGGAACUCAGGGCUUCCCACCUCGGCUGCCGCCGCAAUACCCAGGAGACUCAAAUGUUGCUCCCUCCUCUGCUGUGGCCUCUGUUUGCAUACCUUCUGCAGUACUGUCCCCUCCCUUACCCACUGAUGCAUUGGCUCAGCCAGGCUAUCUUGCUGCAAUGGUGCAGCCUUAUGUGGAACAGAACAUUUCAGUUCCUCUGGGCGGUCUAGGAGGACAGGUUCAAGUGCCACAGCCUGCAGUGAGUUUAGCACAGCAGGUCUCAUCUGCGUCUUCACAGCAGGGAGCUUUAGAGAGUACUCAGGGAGCCUCACAGACUGCUCCUUCAGAAUCUGUACCAUCAGCACAGCAACAGCUUGCACAGACUACUCCAUUGGUCUCCUCACUAGACAGUGCACAUUCUGAUGUGGCUUCGGGCAUGAGUGAUGGGAAUGAGAAUGUGCCAGGAUCUAGUGGGAGACAUGAAGGGAGAACCACCAAACGCCAUUAUCGGAAGUCUGUACGCAGCCGCUCUCGGCACGAGAAAACUGCUAGACCAAAACUGAGAAUUCUCAAUGUUUCGAACAAGGGUGAUCGGGUGGUUGAGUGCCAGCUAGAGACACACAAUCGGAAAAUGGUUACUUUCAAAUUUGACUUGGAUGGUGACAACCCAGAGGAAAUCGCGAUAAUUAUGGUGCAGAAUGAAUUUAUUCUAGCAACUGAGAGAGAUUCAUUUGUAGAGCAGGUACGAGAGAUCAUUGAGAAAGCCGAUGAAAUGCUCAGUGAGGAUGUCAGUGUAGAGCCCGAAGGUGAUCAGGGCUUGGAGAGUAUGCAGACGAAAGAUGACUGCUUCUUUCCAGGGUCCCAGAAAUUGGAGGGAGAGUUCAAACAGCCAGAUCCUGUAUCUUUCAUGCCGCAGAGAAUUGGGGUUCCUCCCGGCUCUUUCACCCAGGUUGUCCAUUCUGCUGGAAGACGGUUUAUUGUCAGUCCUGUCCCAGAGAGUCGGUUAAAAGAACAGUUUUUCACCUCUUCUAUUCCUGCAGGAAAGGAACUUCCAGAUAUUGUUGCUUCCUCUUCAUCACAUGGUCCUGGGAUGAACCUGUCUCAUUCUGCGUCAUCACUCAGUCUGCAGCAAGCUUUCUCUGAGUUCAGGCAUACUCAAAUGACAGAAGGACCCAGUACAGCUCCUCCAGUUUUUAACCAAACUAUACCACCAUUUCCACCUGUACUUGCUAACAUGGCUGGGAGUCUACCAUCUACAUCAGUGGCUCCCCUCCCAGCAUCUCCACCCUCCACCACUGGUAUUGCUCUUCCAGUAGCUCAGUCUGUUGUUCCCCUGCCUACAGAAAAGGUGCCAGCUGGAGUUGCACCAAGCACAGGUGUUUCAGGCUCCAGCUCUCCCACAACAUCCCAGGCUGGGCACCAAUUAAUUGGAGUGUCUUCCAGUAUGAGUGCACCUGCUUCUUUUUCAUUAACUGUUACAUCGCAGACUGCUCAACCACUGACUGAAGAAGUUGUCCCUAAUAUCAGCGCACCUGCUUCUUUAACAUUGCCACCAACACAACAGAUUCCUGUCAUGGCUGGCCCCAGUGUUAGUGCCCCGAGUGCUGUACCCCCACCUGCGACAUCUCCGCCUGCUCAACAGAUUUCAAGUAGUAUGGAGUCAGUGACAGCUCCGCAAACAUCUGUAGCCCCAACUAUGGCUCAUAAUGUGACUUCACAAACUCCUCAGCUCAGCAGCAGUAGCUCCACCCCCAGUCUGGCAGAAACAGUUGUUGUAAGUGUGCUACACUCAAAGCCUGAGGAUGGACAGUCAGUAGAUAAAUCGAAGCAGUGUAGUACAGCUGGCUUGUCCCUUCCUAUCUCUGCACCAUUGUCCUCUGCAGUGGCAUCAAGUAUAUCUAGUUCAGUCCCUCAGCCUGCCGUGGUGCAUCCUUUACUCAUCCCAUCAGCAGUUGCAUCAACACCUGUCCUACCCCAGGCAGCAGCUGCAAUCUCUACCCCCAUGUUACCCCAGGUGCCUUUAUCUGGCAACCUACCAUUGACGCAGCCAGUUGCUAACUUGCCUGCAGUACAGCAGACCUUGAUACACAGUCAACCUCAACUUGCUCCGCUACCCAAUCAACCUCAUACUCAGUGUCUGGAGGCUGAUGUUGACACUCAACCCAAAGCUCCUGGCAUCGAUGACAUAAAGACCUUGGAAGAAAAGCUACGAUCUCUAUUCAGUGAACAUGGCAAUGUUGGAGCAACACAUCCACCAGUAUCUCUGGAGACAUCACUGGUAAUGGAGACGACAGUCAUGCCUGGUGUACCAACGACUGCUGUUGCACCAACUAAACCUAUGACCGCCACUACCAGCUCUAGUAUACCACCAGUUAGUUUGCCCCUUGGACCAGCUGGCUUACCAGUGAUGACACCAGUUGCCACACCUGGUCAAGUGGGCAUUCCUGUCACCUAUGUUCCAGCAUCAGGCAACAUUGCAACAACAGCAGUGAAACCAGUGACCCCGCCCUCAAAGCCACCUCUUAGCAGGGUACCGGUGCUACCGGUAGGUUUUGAACUUCCAGCUGGCACUCCAUCCAGCGAACAGCUGCCACCCUUUCCAGGACCUUCACUAACUCAGUCCCAGCAGCCUCUAGAAGAUCUGGAUGCUCAGUUGAGAAGAACCCUCAGUCCAGAGACUGUCCCAGUGACCUCUGCUCCUGCCUGUCCUGUGCCAGCAAUGGCUUCUACCACAGUUACUGGAGUGGUGUCUGCACCAGCACAGCCCCUGAAAGAAGCAUCACAGGAUGCAGACAGCAGUGCAACGACUACCCCUGCAGGAGCUGGAGUUUUUAAGAUGGGACGAUUUCAGGUAUCUGUGGCAGUGGAUAGUGUACUGAGAGACAGUGACGGUAAACCUGAAGAAACUAAGCCGGUGCAUUUUGAGACAACCUCCUCUGAUUCAUCUUUGUCUGGCAGCAGUCCAGAGAGUACGCUUGUGAAGCAGACUUCCAAUGGGACAACAGAGGCUACCACUGGUACCUCCUUAGAUGUGACAGAUGAUGCUGUUUCACGGACAUUUCCUGCCAUACAAUUGCCAUUAGAGGCUGGGCAGCCAACUAAAGUUGGGCGCUUUCAAGUGACGACAACAACGGACCAAGUGGGUCGCUUUUCUGUGUCCAGGACUCAAGAUGAGGUCACCUGUGUGGAGAGAGAACCCCCAAUGACUCUUCCUCUUUCUGUGGAUUCAGAACAAGUUUCUCUUCCAGCCAUGACUCCAAAGAAAGAGGUUCCAGAAUUGGUGGAGCCAAGGCAGUCUCUGCUUAUGAAUGGGCCAUCAUCUGAUCUGGAGGCUGCCUUCCUGAGUGGAGCGGCUCAGGAACUGGAUGAUGGCUCAGGUAGCCCAGACUCUCUCCAACCACUGGGUUCAAAGAUCAGCCUCCCCAUCCAAAGCUUUAGCAACUCAUUGAAUUCUUCCUACAUGAGCAGUGAUGAGUCAGAUAUUGAAGAUGAAGACUUGAAAUCAGAGCUACGCCGGUUGCGGGAAAAGCACUAUAAAGAGAUCCAGGAGCUGCACAGUCGCCAGAAGCAGGAGAUUGAAUUGCUGUACACCAAACUGGGAAAAGUCCCCCCUGCAGUAAUCAUCCCCCCAGCUGCCCCUCUCUCAGGGAGGAGGAGGAGACCUACUAAAGGAAAAGGCAGCAAAUCCAGCCGCAGCAGCUCCCAGGGUAAUAAGAGCCCUCAGCUGCUAGGCAAUCAGUCUUCUCAGAGUGCCCCCUCAGUCUUGCCCCCCCAGCAGACCCUUCAUCCUCCUGGAAAUGUCCCAGAGACUGGGCAGAACCAUCUGUUACAGCCCCUUAAACCAUCUCCUUCUAGUGAGAACCUCUACUCUGCCUUCACCAGUGAUGGUGCUAUUUCGGUACCAAGCCUUUCUGCACCAGGCCAAGGGACCAGCAGCACCAACACAGUUGGGGGUACAGUGAACAGCCAGGCAACCCAAUCUCAGCCUCCUGCCAUAACUUCCAGCCGGAAAGGGACUUUCACAGAUGACCUGCACAAGUUGGUAGACAACUGGGCCCGUGAUGCUAUGAACCUCUCAGGAAAGAGAGGUGGCAAGGGGCAUAGCAACUAUGAGGGCCCUGGAAUGGCAAGAAAGUUCUCAGCACCAAGCCAGCUAUGUAUUUCUAUGUCAUCCUCCCUGGGUGCUACUCCUAUCUCUGCAGCAUCAGCUACCUCUCUAGGUCACUUCACAAAGGCUAUGUGCCCUCCACAGCAGUACGGUUAUCCAGCCGCGCCCUUUGCAGCUCCCUGGAGUGGGACAGGUAGUCCAGCACAACCACCCCUUGGUCAAUUCCAGCCUGUAGGAGCUGCCUCUUUGCAAAGCUUCAACAUCAGCAACUUGCAGAAAUCCAUCAGCAACCCCCCAGGCUCCAACCUUCGGACCACUUAGCCAGACCCAGAGACUCUGCUGGGUAGAACUUGGGACAGGAGAUGGGGAGGGAGUUAGGGCUACUAGUGCUGCACUGAACUGGCUAUUUCUGCCAGAAUGGGAAUGAGCUUCCCUUUUCCAACCAUUGCUGUCAGCUCUCGGUAAGGAGAGUUUCUCCAUUUCUGAAGGGGGAGGAGGGUGAUGAGCAUGAACACUUCUGCUCUUGUAUAAGCUGAGCAAUGAAGAUAGAAGUCACUGGAUCAGUGUGAUCUCACUGUAAAAGUACUUCGGUUUGAGUCUGAAUCCACAUGUGCUGAGAUGGAGAGUUUGCUCUUAGCAUGAGGUUUUAACACACUUCUCAUCUUCCCUGAAGAAUCAAGGCCAGGAGAGAAGCUGUCCAAAUCUCCCUCCUCUCCCCCAAACAAUCAUCCUUACCUCCUGAGUGGUAAGACACACAAAUGGACUUGCAGUGCAGCCCAUGCUUGGAGAGAGAGGUCAUUACUGCUUUAAGUAAAAGAUAUUAACAGCUUUGACUGCAGCAUUAGAGCAAUUAAAAUUGUUUAAAAAUAAAUUUUAAAAAGUUCCCUGCGGACAUGUACUUACCAUCAGUUUUGAUGUGGAAACACUGUGAUAUAUAAAUGUUGUUGGACAACAGUAGUUUAAAAAUGAGUGGAAAAUAGAGGGUUAAAAAAAGUUAAAAAUUAAAAAUGGAAAAAAAGCUAGCUAUAUCCUAUACUUAUUGGAGACACUUUAACUUUUUCCUUUGUAUUUUCAUUGUAUUAGAUAAAUGUGAAUGUAAAAUUGUAUAAAUUAAUGUACUUGAAUACUUGUCUGUUCUCCCAGUAUGCUUGCUGGAUAUUUUAGUGCCUUGGACUUUUAUUGCUUCUGCAGUUAGCAUCGCUUUCUCAGCAGGUCCCAGCUGGUCAGAGAGCAAGUUAAGGGAAGAAUGGACUAUUUUGUACCUAGUGACUGAGAUACCAAAGGGUUAACUAUAUAUAUAGACUAUAUAUAGUCCUACUGUAACUUCGAUAGGGUAGGUGUUGGAAGGAGGGAGAGCCAUUGAGGCUGUAGGUUGGAACAGAGCUUUGGGUGAUGGGGAAACCUGUCCAUGUUGACAGAGUAAGAAGUUGAUGGCACAGUGCUAGUGUAACAAGGGGUGAUAGGCAGAAGUGAUGGAGGGGGAAGAGGAACCUGAAAUGAAACUAACAAAUACUGCCUAGAGCCUUAAGAGGGCUGGAUCGGAACAGAGGAUGGGAAGAAAGUGCAUAUUUUGGAGAAGUUCAACUUAAAAGUGUUUUGACUAUUAAGCUGUAAUAUGGAAAGUGGCUAGGUGAGGGUGUGUAUGGAGGUGGAGCCAUUACCCUUAGGGGGAUGGAGUUAUCUGCUGGGAUUGCUUUUCUUACCUUUUUUUUUUUUUUGUAUCCAUUCGUGCUAGGAGUAGACUUUCCUGGUGCGAUGUCCAUUGCCGGCAAUGGAUGCACUCGAAACAGCCGGCAUCAAGGAAUUCCCUGUUUUAAGCAUGCAGAGGACUUAUGAUUUUGUUCACUCUAAAGAAUUCAAACUGGUACCAGGACCAUAACUAACUGUGCCAUCUUUUAGUAGCUGUAUUGUACCUUCUACUUCUCAACUCAUUUUCCCUUUUUCAUACUGAAAAAUACUGGUUCCCUGUUCAAUGUAAUAAUACUGCAACCAACCAGUAUUACUCUGUAGUGCUGCAACAAGCUGUGAAGGGUCAAAGUACUGCUUCCUGGUACUUGGGAGUAGCUCAGUGGUGUCCUGGAAGUCUCUGCACCAAGGAAAUCUUACUCACACGAAUUUUCUGUGAGCACUGCUCCCUUGUGGGGGGUCUAACUAGGGAGUUUAUACUUUCUGUGGAUGUUUUGCUCUUAUCUCUGAAAACAAACGCACAGGAUCUGUUUCUUUCCCUUCACCUGGUUUUGAUGUUUACAGCAGCUUUGUCAGCCAGGAUACCACUGGCAUAUAUAGGUUGGAAAUGAAGAGUCUGUGGGUGGAGGCUAGUGGCAAGGGGGUUGGGUUCUAACAGUUUCUCAGUAGAUUUUUUUUUUUUUUAAUUCUUGGUAAAUAACACAGACGCUGUAGAACCACAGAACGAGAUAAAAGGUCUCACCAUUGUGUAUGUGUGGUUGGAAGAGGAAGAGAAAAUGUCUGCUGGUAAAAUUAAUCAGAAAACCUCUGCUUUCUGGUUAAAAUGACUGGAGAGGAGGCUCCUGAAUACACCAAGUAUGGGUAGGGAAAACAAUGCUCUGUGUAAUGGAGUAAUUAUACGGCUGAAGCAGUAACAGGAGUGGGGCAACACUUCAUGGCAGAAGAACUGAUCAGCUGAAUGCAGCACAUGGUUAUUUAAUUAUUUUGAUUUAAUAAGUUUGAGGUCGGUUUUUCACUUAACGUUAUGCAAGAACUGGUUUUAUUUACCAUUGAUUUCCCUCCUGUGGAUGAAAUAACUGAAGUCUAGAGGAAUAAACUAAUGCUACUGAACUGUUAAAUUAUUUUGUGUUAAUAUUACACUUUGAGUACCUUUUUCCACAUAAAAUCUGUUUCUGAAUUACAAAUGUUUUCUUUACAUUAUUUAACGAUGUACACUGUAAAAAACAAAAAUACACACAAAUAAAAUGAAUUCUAACUUUGGGCUUCCGUGGCCGUAGUUAAUUGUAUGUUUUGCACUAAAUCCAGGCAUUGCGCUUCUUGUACGAUUGCGCUUUGUGCUGCAGUUUGUUACCUUUGUAGAAUAUUUAAUGAAAUCAUUCAAAUAAACCAAACCUGCUUUUGUUGAA